GUUCGAUUGACCUGCUGUUAUUUUUGAAGCGGUUUUAAAAAUGGCGUCAGUGAAGAGAUGUAUGUUUACAGUUAUUAAUACGAUUAUUUCACUUUUUAUCAUAGAAAGUCAAUGUCGAAUUCAUAAUCUCAUACUUAAGGAUGACAUCCGUCAACGGGUCCAUCUCAACACAUUCGGUUUUUAUAAAGAUGGUUACAUGACUAUGAGCAUGAACAGCCUGAGUUUCGCUGAUGGAAAGCUGGACAACAUUGACAGCUCCACGAUUGGAUUCAGCUUAGAUCGCGCAAGCAAUAAUGGAUUUUCCACAUAUCUGGAUGAAGGUCUUGACUAUUGUCCUCUGAAGAAAGAUCCAAGCAGUAAUUUUGCAGGAGUGCUUCUCCUGAUGGACUUCAAAAAUAGCCUAGUGAGGAAAAAGACCUCAGCAACUGAUCUGUUUCCCAACAUCAUACCUGGGUUGCCAAAAACCACAGAAAAUGAACUGCCUGUUGAAAAUGGGGCAGAUAAAGUCAAGAAACCAGAUGAGAAAGAACAGCCAGCAGCUGGUCCUGAAGUCAAUAAAGAUGUUCAGAGCAAGGCAGAAGACACAUAUCCUCUUCCACUCAAUGGCCAGGCCUACUCUUUUCAGUUUUAUUUUAAUGUCACAAAGGAUGAGCAGCAAGGCCUUUAUAACUUUUAUUUCUACAACUGCUACUCCAUGUCAAUCAAUCAGGACAGCUCUGUGCCAGACCUGCUGAGUUUUAGCAUUAAUAUCACUAUAACGGAGAAGAAUCCAGACAGCUACCUGUCUGCUGGAGAGAUUCCUUUACCUAAACUUUACAUCGGCAUGUCCUUAUUCUUCUUUCUCAUUGGUACCAUGUGGGUUCAUGUUUUGCGUACUCAUAGUGCUGAUGUUUACAAGAUUCAUUGGCUGAUGGCGGCUCUUCCAUUCACAAAGUCACUUUCACUUGUUUUUCAUGCGAUCGAUUACUACUACAUUUCGAAUCAGGGCUCUCCUAUCGAAGUCUGGGCUGUGGUCUAUUACAUUACUCACCUACUGAAGGGGGCGCUGUUGUUCAUUACUAUAGCAUUAAUAGGGACCGGCUGGGCAUUUGUCAAGCAUAUUCUCUCAGAUAAAGACAAGAAGAUCUUUAUGAUCGUGAUUCCUCUGCAGGUUCUGGCCAAUGUGGCGUACAUUAUUAUUGAGUCUACAGAGGAGGGCUCCAGUGAGUACGGUCUGUGGAUGGAGAUCCUGUUUUUGGUGGAUCUGCUGUGCUGUGGGGCUAUUCUCUUCCCUGUUGUCUGGUCUAUUAGACAUUUACAAGAGGCAUCAGCGACAGACGGGAAAGCUGCCAUCAAUCUGGCUCAGCUGAAACUUUUUAGGCACUACUAUGUGAUGAUUGUUUGCUAUAUUUAUUUCACUCGCAUCAUUGCAAGUCUCAUCAAGGUCGUUGUCCCCUUCCAGUGGAAGUGGCUUUACCAGCUAUUGGAUGAGCUGGCCACCCUGACAUUCUUCUUCUUAACCGGACACAAGUUUCGUCCGGCCUCCUAUAACCCAUAUUUACUGUUGUCUGUGGAGGAAGAAGACAUGGAGAUGGAUGAUGUUGUUACUACCUCAACAGCCAUGGGAGAGGGCGUUAAGAAAGUGAAUAGGUUAUCAAACGGGCUGUCGGAGGAGAGGGAGAGCGUGGCAUGAUGGGAGAUAAAAUUCUCAGUGGGUUCUGUUGGGCCAUUGGACUUUGUGGCCAGCUACUGACAUCUCAGACAUUCUUUAUAACUUGAUGUGCAAAAUUCCGAGUGGACCUUUUCUCUCAUGUCUCUCACAUGUGACGACGCAUCGUUCCUGAUCCAUUUAAAUAUCCCUCUCUAUCUGUAAAUGUUGCACAGAUGGUUUGGAGUCUUCACACUACAUCAUUCCAUGAUUCCUUUUGCCACCGUGGUUUGAAAUGAAUUGCUUGGUGCUGCGCUUUAUUCUCAUUUUACCUUGAUAAUGUAUGUAUGUUUUUUGCUCCAUUUGGUUAUUUUUUAUUUAUUUAUGUCCUUCCUACGCAUCGCUUGAUCUUAGAGACUCUGUGGCACUUUAAUCGGGACACUCCAGUCACAUCUUUCAUGUGUGCUUACUGGGCCUCGGUGACGUCUCUUCCUGCUUUAUUUAUGUGAUUGUUUCCUACUCUUAAGUUUGGAGAAUUAAUGAUAUUUUAUGUAAAUGAAGGGCCCUAAAAAUUUAUCCGAUUAAUGCAUUAUGAAGAAUGAAAUGUAUAGUACACAAGGUUCAGCGACAGGUUCUAUAUAUAUCCUCAGUAUUUCUAUAAAUACGGAUGACUGUGAAUAUUAAUAAAAUGGAUCCAGGGUGUCCGGGAAUUGUGUAUAUCAGUUGUAUCAAACGUGGAUUUAAAAUGAUUUCAGGGAUCUUGUAAAGUAAGGUUAUUGGUAAUGCAAUGGAGGAUUUUAUUUUGAUGCUUAACAUUUUGCUUUUUCCUCAUAUUGAAUAAGCUUUAUGAAAUUGUGUUUCAGUAUUAAAUUGUGCAAUGGUU